CCUUCCUAGAUCCAUUAUGAAUUUCUUCCUGGAAACAAUCCAAGUCCUCCUGUUGUCCAUCUGGUACAAUGUGGAGUCUUUCAUCCACCUCUUUGUACCCAGGAGGAAGAAGAACGUAGCUGGUGAAGUGGUGCUGAUCACAGGGCAGGUAGCGGGAUUUGGUCGCCUCAUGGCCCAGGAGUUUGCAGCUCUUGGCACUGUGCUGGUGUUGUGGGAUAUUAACCAGGAGGGCAUGAAGGAAACCGCUCAACUGGCUAAACAGAGUGGAGCCAGCAGAGUCCACUACUAUCUGUGUGACUGCAGUGACAAGAAUGAGGUGUACAGAGUGGCUGACCAGGUAAAGCGAGAGGUGGGUGAUGUCAGCAUCCUGGUGAACAAUGCUGGGAUCGUGACAGGAAAGAAGUUCAUGGAUGCUCCUGAUUCCCUGAUUGAGAAGACAAUGGAGGUCAACACUAUGGCUCACUUCUGGACCUACAAGGCCUUCCUUCCUGCUAUGAUUGCCAACAAUCACGGCCAUCUUGUCAGCAUUGCCAGCUCUGCUGGACUCAUAGGAGUUAAUGGAUUGGCAGACUACUGUGCUAGUAAGUUUGGAGCAGUAGGUUUUGCAGAGUCAGUUGGUCUGGAGCUACUGGCAACUGGAAAAGAUGGCAUCAAGACCACCAUUGUGUGUCCGUACUUCAUCAACACUGGAAUGUUCGAUGGAUGUCAAACCAAGUGGCCAUCACUGCUGCCAAUCCUGAAUCCAGACUAUGUAGCCAAGAAGAUCAUCCAUGCUGUGCUCACAGACCAGGUCUACCUACUGCUGCCCAAGAGCAUAUACCUCAUUGCUGCUCUCAAGAACAUCCUCCCCAUGAAGCAGGGCAUUCUGCUGGGGCAGUACCUGGGAGCUUUCAACCUCAUGGACAAGUUCAGGGGACGCUCCAGAAAACAGGAGUGAGAGAGGAGAAUAAGAAGUGAAGGAUGACUGAAAUGGAAGGAGACAAAGGUGUACUGAAGCCAUCCAUAUCAACGCCUCUUAAUUUUAAUCUUCCUAAUGUACAAGUGUAAUAGCAGAGAGUAGGGCAGAGCAGUAGUGGCAAAGGUUGGAUUAACCACAAAUUGAAUACAAAUAUUGAAUACCUAAUAGUUUCUCUAUAUCUAACACUGUAUAAUCCAUCUUUAAGUAUAAAUAUCCUCAAUGUGCUUGUUUUCAAAAUAACACUAAAAUAUGUGUUUUCAAAGAUUGACAGGUGAUAGAUGGACCCCUCCUGAUGGGUUAUGGACAUUUUUAAGUUUCCGUGUUGGUGUCAAACAUUUUUGCAAGUGGUCAUGAAUUCAGCCAGCCAGUGUUUCUGACCUCUGAAGACCAAUCCUGAUGAUAUAAAGAUGUAUCAUCAGGGACGUCCAUGAACAGCCAGGUCAAACGCUUACCUCAAUUAUGAUGUUGUUCUGAAACUCCCUAAUUCAGUGUAAAUGUGUCCUCUCUGUGUUAUGACAUGUUUGUGCUUUGUGCUGUGUUCCUCCACAGCAAAUGCCAAACCACAGAAACUCAUACUGUAGCCACAACUGCUAUUGCUUCAAAACAGAGUAAUAGACAGAAAUAUUAUUUGAUAGGAGCCACUUUGCCAAGUGUGAAGUGGUGAUUCAGUGGAACUGAAUAAGCACUUCUUCAGCUUUAAAGAGAAAUAACCAUAUAAAUUCCUCUCAUGGGUAAACCCUUCUCCUUUGUUCGUGACUAUGGUAACAUAACAGUGACAGUUUACCAAUGCUGACAACUGAAGAAGCCUCAUUAUUUUUGGGUUUUAUGGGUUAAAAAGUUUUGUUGUUAAAAUCCAAGCACCGGGGCCAGGCACUCAUACUCAGGUAUAGUGAACCCUUUGUAAAGGGUUUCUUAGAUAUGUGAUACCUCACUUUAUGAAGCUUGUUCGUCCAGACCACUCUGUUUUAAUCUCAUGAGUCUGAAAGCUUGAUUGUUCUUAAUGUCUGUGUUUGCAAACAGUAACUAUACUGACUGUUAAAACAUUAGCUGUAAUUAGCUAGUACUUGGCUAGCCUGUUACAGCUAGUUAAUGUAUGAAUUGAGACCACUUAACUUUUCUUCUUGUAGUGUCGUCCUCUUUCUUCUUUUCACCUUGUAGUCUAGUUUUCUAGCAAUACUAACAAUUGUACUUAAACAUUUCAAUAAUGCCUAUAUGUGGCCAUGGUCUUGAUCUAGGUAGCACUGUGUUAGAAAAGUCAUUCAGAGCUUGAAUAUUAUAUCUUCAUUAAUGUGUGAAAUAACUCUUUCAACAUUUCCAAAAUUCUGAAAUACCCUGAAGUAAUCAUUCUUUGUUUUUUUCCUCUGUUUUUUGAUUUGCCAUAUUUUGCACAGCAUAUUAAUUUCCACUUAGAUUUUAAUGGUCCUAUCCUCAAACUUUUAAAGCACAUUUACUACCAUUAACACUCUCACUUAUACUGUCUGUAAUAUUAGAGAAAUAUUAUGAAGAUUAUAAUACAUGUAGCUGGGUACAUGUCUAUUAUAAAUCAUUAUUCAGCUUUGUGUCAUUAUUAAUGUGUCUGUAACUGAAUGCCAUCAUAUGUAAUUUGUAUUAAUUUCUCAUCUUCAGUAUAAAUUUAGUGAUUUACCUAAUACAUUGUAAUGAACAGUAUACACCUGUUGCCUUAAUCAUGUAAACCUUUAAAGAACUCAAAAAGAAAAUACUGUAAUCAAAUCAGUAAAAGGAAUGUCAGUAAUGUAGCAAUUGUGUUUGAAAGUGAACUUCCUGGAACUGUAAUUUGGAAAAUUCUGAUCAUUAAAUUUUCCCAUUUCAAA